AGAUAUCAAUAUAUACCAGUAUAAGUGGUUGGGAAAACUGAGUGUAAAAGAAUGACCUUUAAUAAUAAGUUAUAAGUACUAAGAUGUAUAAUGAUAGGUGCUUUGCAGUCCGAGUUCCAGGAGAAGAGCUGGCGAAAGGCCGCCGUGUUCCUUCAUUUCGAUUCUUUCUCACUACCUGAGACACAACUGUGUGAAAUAUGAGUCGGCAUAUAACACCAAGGCUCGAUUGGAGUUCAAUACUAGUAGAAGAUGAAGAAUCAGACCAGCCAGUUGGAGCCGAGGUUGACCAGCAGCCCAGGGAUGAACAACCUCAACAAGAGGAGCCACCCACUGAGAGUCAGGAUAUUACACCUGAUGAAGAGAAAGCAGAUGCAGGAGCACCUGAGGUUCAAGGGACUGACCUUGAAGCUGAUCUUCAAGAACUGGCGAAACCAAUGACUGGGGCUGAGGGUGGAGAUGAUCCUGAAGUCAUCGGGCAUGCUUGCGCAAAUCCAGAGCCCAUUGAAAUGCCAGAAACAGGGGAAGGAAAACCAGCCAUUUAA